AUUUGCAUUUUAUAUUGUAGGGGUAUAGAAGUACCAUUUGUUAGUAAAUUCCGUAGUGAACGUAUGGAAGCAAUUUGUGAUCUAUUUAGUAAAAGUGAUUAUGACGUAAUAUUUUUAGAGGAGGUAUGGAGUAAUUCAGAUUUUAAGAAAAUCUGUGAUAGAUUGGGCCAUAUUUUACCAUAUUCACAUUAUUUUCACAGUGGGUUUAUUGGUAGUGGAGUUUGUAUCUUUUCCAAAUUUCAAAUUAUUGAAACUUUAUUUCAUCGCUUUCAAAUUAAUGGUUUUCCUCAUAAACUUCAACAUGGUGAUUGGUUUGGUGGUAAAGGUAUGGGCAUGUGUCAGAUAUUAGUUGAUGGCUUCAAAGUUAAUCUUUAUAUUACACAUUUACAUGCUGAAUACAGUAGAACUCAUGAUAUCUACUUAGCUCACAGAAUAGCUCAGUCAUUUGAGGGCAGCCAAUUUAUUAAACACACGUCACAAAAUUGUGAUUUUAUGAUACUUGGUGGUGAUCUGAAUAUACGUACAGAAGAUAUUGGAUACAAAUUAUUUAUAUCUAUUGCUGGACUGGCUGAUUCCUGGAUUGACAAAAAAGCAAGUAAAACUAUUUGUGAAGGUAAUACAUGUGAUAGAAAAGAUAAUAUAUUUACAGCAUUGGAUGCUCCAGAUUUUCCUGCAGGCCAGAGAAUAGAUUAUCUAUUAUACCGCAAUAAUAAAGGUUAUGUGAGUGUAGAGGAAUGUGAUGUUCUGUCACAUCAAGUACCAGAUAAACAUUACAGAAUCUCAGAUCAUGAAGCAGUUACAGCAACUUUUAAAAUACAAAAAUCUGAUUCCGGAGGUAAUUGA